AUGCCCCGGGGAUAUAAAGCCUCCAAUCCAGCAUUAUCAAAAAACAACCAAUUUGCUUUCCAAUGGCUCACUUCUUCGAGAUUUUCUUCACCUGGAAGGGAUGAUCCUCGCAAUGGCUGCAUCGUCAUCGGCGAGGACACCAAGCCAGUAUUUUUCGAGUUCGAGACACAAUACUUGUCGCCUACCUCAGCACGUACCACCGUCAGUGCCAUAUCUAGCAAUCGCAGUCCCGUUGCAGUGCUCGAUUGGCCAAACGGUGGCCUCGGUGUCGCAACUAUUGGUGAUCGUGAAAUUCCGAUGGCACAUCUGGUCCAACAGGGAUCCAGUACAUCCGCUCGUAGAUUCCCUUCCGCAGAUGGUCGCCAAUAUGAAUGGCGAAAAUGUCACACUGACCCCAGGUCUUACGAGGCAAGUCCACCACGAUAUUUCAAAUAUCAUCCGCUACAUCUGUUCUCCGGACCCAAUACAAGCAUCGCCAAGUUCCAGAAGCUCUCCCAAGCUACGCCAAUUGGUCCCUCACACGGAACAUUACAAUAUAGCUUCAGUCAUGACCUUCUAUUGCUAGAGGCUUUAAUCACUCUGAAUCUUAAUAGGUGGUUGGAUUGGACCGGGUAA